UCUGUGAGUUCGAAGCCAGCCUGGUCUACAAGAGUGAGUUCCAGGACAACCUCCAAAGCCGCAGAGAAAACCUGUCUUGAAAAACCAAAAAAAGAAAAAAUAUAUAUAAAGAAUGAAAGCUACUUCCUGACCGGGUGGAGCCUAAACAAGUCUUUUUCUCAAGGGAACUGAAGGCUCCAGGGUCCUUUUACUACUUAGAGUGAGCCCUCCAGUAAAAGCUAAGGAAAGUAUUAUUAAAAUUUAGCAAGACUGAGAAAAAUGGGAUAUAGAUGAGGCCACAGCACUCCAAAAGAGGAAGUAUCUUAUAAAUGGGCAUCAGAUGUCAUCUUUUUCCUUUAGAAACAGGACCGAAGCAUAGUUAUUGUGACAUUGGAGACUAGAAAUGCCGUGUUUGCAGUUUCCCACAAGCAGUGACUUCCCCUGUUCUUUGCCACAAGGUUGCUCCCCGCCUGGGGCUCACUGACUAGGUUAGGCUGGUUUGCCUAUCAAGCCCCUGGAAUAUGCCUGUUUUCACCUCUGCAGCACUGAAAUUGCAAGUCGUUUGUCCCUGGCUCCUGGGGAUUGAACUAGGGUCCUCAUGCUACAUGGCAUGUCCUUUGCUGACUGAGCUGCCUCCCCAGCCUCCACUGAGUUUUUUCUACUUAGGACUGAGCAUUUACGAUGAUAAACUCUGUAUGUGAGCAUUGUCUGCUAGAUGUCUAACCGGACUCGACACCCAUAAGCCAGGGGUAUAACAGAAAGGCGGCGUUCAGCAUGUGAAGUAAAGCUGGUGCUGGGGGCCAGCAGGAAAACCCACACAACUGGUUUAUGAUGAUUGUGUUUUUCCAGGAGUAUAUUCUCAAGGGAGUUGUUAAUGCAGCCCUUGGCCAGGAAAUGGGUUCGAGGGACCACAUGAAAAUUGCCCAGCAGUUCUUCCAGUUGGUAGGAGGAUCAGCUAGUGAAUGUG